AUGUUGCUCUCGCUUCUCGGCCUUCUUGCAUUUUGUGCCCUGGCUCAGGCGCACUUCACAUUGGACUUCCCAUAUACUCGUGGAUUUAACGAGGAUAAAGAACCAACACCUCCUUGCGGUGGGUAUGGCGUGAACGGAACACGCACACCCUUCCCCUUGAACGGAGGUUUUAUUUCGUACUCGAGUUUUCAUGCCCAGGCUACCACCGUUGCUGGGAUUUCAUUCUUGUCAAACCCAACGUCCCUCAAAGACUUCAACACGACGACUAAUGGCACUACAUAUCCCCUUCUGGUUCCGCAAUGGAACACCACCACACUAGGAUCCUACUGUGUGCACGUCAACGUGGCAAGUUUGGGCCUACCUAUUGGCAACGGCCAGAAUGCUACUAUUGUUGUGGUUUUCAACGGAGGCGAUGGUGUUCUUUACCAGUGCUCCGAUGUCGUAUUGCUUUCAAACUACACUAUCCCUUCGUCCAUUUCAUGCACAUCGGUGAGCAGCAUCAUCGGAGGAUCUACGACAGCCUCGCCAUCGGGCACGAAGACAUCAACUAGCACCUCAACUUCUAAGCAGGGCGCUGCCGUCGUCGAGGCACCUAUCAACAUUUUCUUGGCCGUUGUUGGGUUUGUUGGCUCUAUGAUGGUAUCUUUCUAG